AAGCAAAGCAAGUAAAAAAAUCACACGCUUCCUGUACGUAUAAAUUUCUCAUUUCGUACCAUGUUCAUCUCCACCAUCAUCUAACCACGAUAACAGAACAAACCAAAUAUCAUACAAAACCCUAAUUUUGACUUUUUUCUGCAUCAUUCUCUCUUCAUCAACUGCUACUUCUUCUUCACACCAAAUAAACUCAACAAUCCUCUAAUGGAAGUACCAACAAACCGAAGCAGAGCCGUACUUCAGGUAGCUGUAUUUUCCCUGAUUUGCAGCUUUUCUUUCGUUUUCGCUGGAGAUAUUGUUCAUCAGGAUGAUAUAGCACCUAAACGGCCUGGAUGUGACAACAAUUUCGUUCUGGUCAAAGUGCCUACUUGGAUUGGUGAUAGUGAAGAAGAAGAGUUUGUAGGCGUUGGUGCCCGAUUCGGUCCUACAUUGGAAUCGAAGGAGAAGGAUGCGAAUAAAAGCAGAGUCGCUCUUGCAGACCCUCCGGAUUGUUGUAGUACGCCUAAAAACAAGCUUACGGGUGAAGUUAUCUUGGUGCACCGAGGCAACUGCAGUUUUACUGACAAGGCACAUGUAGCUGAAGCUGCAGGCGCUUCAGCAAUCCUUAUUGUUAACAACCAAACAGAACUCUUCAAGAUGGUGUGUGAACCAGAUGAAAAUAAUGUGCAUAUUGGCAUCCCCGCAGUAAUGCUUCCCCAAGAUGCUGGUUCUAGCUUGGAAACAAGUAUCCAGAAUAAAUUAAACGUUUACGUGCAGCUAUAUUCUCCAAAGCGCCCUCUGGUUGAUGUUGCUGAGGUGUUUUUAUGGCUUAUGGCUGUUGGUACCAUAUUAUGUGCGUCUUACUGGUCUGCAUGGACUGCACGAGAAGCAGCCAUUGAACAGGACAAAAUAUUAAAGGACGCUUCUGAUGAAUACUUGAAUACAGAAUCUUCUCGAUCAAGUGGCGUGGUGGACAUCAACACAACAUCUGCAGUUCUGUUUGUUGUGAUCGCAUCAUGUUUCUUGAUCAUGCUUUACAAGCUGAUGUCAUACUGGUUUAUUGAGGUCCUUGUUGUCUUGUUUGCCAUUGGUGGUGUUGAGGGCCUGCAAACUUGUUUGGUGGCUCUGUUAUCAUGUUUCAGAUGCUUUGAUCAUGCUGCACAAACAUUCGUCAAGGUUCCGUUCUUAGGUGCUGUCUCGUAUUUGACCCUCAGUGUCUCUCCAUUCUGUGUAACAUUUGCUGUUGUAUGGGCUGUUUAUCGCAGAAUUUCCUUUGCUUGGAUUGGUCAAGAUAUACUUGGUAUCGCGCUGAUAGUCACGGUAAUCCAGAUAAUACGAGUGCCUAAUCUCAAGGUGGGAACAGUUCUCCUCAGCUGUGCAUUCUUGUACGACAUUUUCUGGGUGUUUGUUUCCAAAUGGUGGUUUCAUGAAAGUGUGAUGAUAAUGGUAGCACGUGGUGAUAAGAGCGGAGAAGAUGGCAUCCCAAUGUUACUGAAAAUCCCACGAAUGUUUGAUCCGUGGGGUGGCUAUAGCAUUAUCGGAUUCGGUGACAUUAUAUUACCGGGGCUAUUAGUGGCCUUUUCUCUAAGGUAUGAUUGGUUGUCAAACAAGAGUUUGCGGGCCGGCUACUUCUUAUGGGCAAUGCUUGCUUAUGGAUUAGGUCUGCUAAUUACGUACGUGGCUCUGAACUUGAUGGACGGACAUGGUCAACCUGCUUUGCUUUACAUUGUUCCUUUCACAGUCGGCACGUUAUUGACGUUAGGGAAGCAUCGAGGAGAUCUGAGACACUUGUGGUCAAAAGGAGAACCUGACCGGCUUUGCCCUCAUGUUCAACUACAAUCUUCCGAACAAUAAAGUUAUGUAUGGGACAUUGCUCAUAGUUUGACAAUAAUUUGUCCCGUUUAGAGAAUGUCGUGUUUUCUGAUAGACUGAGAAACAAUAUACUUAGAUUAGAGUUUUAGACGACUUUGGGCUUUUUAUCAUCGCGAUUGCUUCUCUCACCACUUCGUAUAUUCAUA